AAAUGUCAAAUGUCUUGUCACUCGUCAUUGGUGUGUUGAAAUUUUUUGUUCCGACUCUUCAGAGUUAAAUUUGAGAGUGAUGAAAAGACGUUUGUUAAAAAAUAGUUAUACAUUUUUAUUUUGAAAUCAUUGGUUACUUAUUCUUUGUACUCAUUUAAUUCGUUAUAAGUUUGUACAUAAGAUAUUUAUUCGUUUUUGUGAGUUGCCAAAAAUUCAACAAAAUGGCAGCCACAAGAAGGUUACAAAAAGAACUAGGGGAUAUUAGAAACUCAGGGUUGAAGUCCUUUCGUGAUAUUCAAGUUGAUGAAACCAAUAUUUUGACAUGGCAAGGUCUUAUAGUUCCGGACAAUCCACCAUAUAACAAAGGAGCUUUUAAAAUAGAAAUUAAUUUUCCUGCCGAAUACCCAUUUAAACCUCCCAAAAUAAAUUUCAAGACGAAGAUCUAUCAUCCAAAUAUAGAUGAGAAAGGUCAAGUUUGUCUACCUAUAAUCAGUGCUGAGAAUUGGAAACCCGCUACUAAAACUGACCAAGUGAUUCAAGCCCUGGUUGCCCUUGUAAAUGAGCCCGAACCAGAACAUCCUCUGAGAGGAGAUUUAGCUGAAGAAUACUUGAAAGAUAAGAAGAAAUUUGCAAAAAAUGCAGAAGAAUACACGAAGAAACACAGUGAAAAGAGACCAGCUGAUUAGGGAAUAGCAAUUCAUUUGUUAGAAAAAUGUCUUUACUGAAUGAAUAUAACGAUUCUAUAUUUUCACCUGUUCUGCUCAAAUUUUGAAAGAAGAGUUUCUGUUGUGCUUAAAUGUUAGUUAUAUUUACGAAGAAAGAAGCAAUAGGUUCAAAUUUUCUUUUUAUUAUAUUCAUUCAGUGACAAACUGUUUGGCAUUUCCUUUUAUACAGUUCAUUUG